GCUCCGCGGUAAUGGAGGCUGAGGAUGAGUGCUGACGGGUUCGGGCUCUGACUCUGGCACUGACUCGGAGUCGGGGUCUGCGUCGGGGUCUGAGUGUGGGUCUGGCAGCCCGAAGCCUGGAUACCUUUUCUCUACUCUCCGGUGGGGACGGCCUGCGGACAAGCAGCUGGUUUGGAGCGCCUCAACGCGGGGAGGGAGUUCUGUUGCUUGGGGUCCAGCCUUGUAAAGCCGCCGCCGCCUCCUAGGGAUCCCGCCCCACUGGCCGGGCCUUCUCCAUGCAGUUGAAACAGGUUGACAGCCAUUAACCUGGGUUGCAACUACAGGUGGCACUGGCAGCAGACUGGUUCCCGGACAUGCCCGGUGGAAGGAGGGGCCCUAGUCGGCAGCAGCUAAGCCGUUCAGCUUUGCCUUCAUUACAGACUUUGGUUGGUGGGGGCUGUGGCAAUGGCACAGGCCUGAGAAACAGGAAUGGUAGUGCUGUUGGUCUUCCGGUCCCACCCAUCACAGCCUUGAUCACCCCAGGCCCUGUUCGUCAUUGCCAAAUUCCUGAUUUGCCUGUGGAUGGAAAUCUCCUCUUUGAAUUUCUCUUUUUCAUCUACCUGCUGGUUGCUCUGUUCAUUCAGUACAUCAACAUCUAUAAAACAGUGUGGUGGUAUCCUUACAAUCACCCUGCUUCUUGUACUUCACUGAAUUUUCAUCUCAUUGAUUACCACCUGGCAGCAUUCAUCACAGUGAUGCUUGCAAGGAGGCUUGUAUGGGCCCUCAUCUCAGAGGCUGCUAAGGCGGGUGCAGCAUCUAUGAUUCACUACAUGGUUCUGAUAUCAGCUCGCCUGGUGCUACUCACUUUGUGUGGAUGGGUGCUGUGUUGGACCCUCGUCAAUCUCUUCCGAAGCCAUUCAGUCCUCAAUCUGCUUUUCCUUGGCUACCCGUUUGGUGUCUAUGUUCCUCUCUGCUGUUUCCACCAGGAUAGUAGAGCUCAUCUUCUUCUCACAGACUAUAACUACGUGGUUCAGCACCAGUCAGUAGAGGAAAGUGCCUCCACUGUGGGUGGCUUGGCCAAAUCCAAAGACUUCCUCUCCUUAUUGCUGGAGUCGCUAAAAGAACAGUUCAAUAAUGCCACGCCCAUCCCCACCCACAGCUGCCCCCUGUCUCCAGACCUCAUUCGCAAUGAAGUAGAAUGUCUGAAAGCAGAUUUCAACCACAGAAUCAAGGAAGUUCUCUUCAACUCUCUCUUCAGUGCCUACUAUGUUGCAUUUCUUCCCCUGUGUUUUGUGAAGAGUACACAGUACUAUGACAUGCGCUGGUCGUGCGAGCACCUCAUUAUGGUGUGGAUCAAUGCCUUUGUCAUGCUCACCACACAGCUCCUGCCAUCCAAGUACUGUGAUUUGCUACAUAAAUCAGCUGCUCACCUGGGCAAGUGGCAGAAGCUCGAACAUGGGUCCUACAGCAAUGCUCCACAGCACAUUUGGUCAGAAAAUACAAUAUGGCCCCAAGGGGUGCUGGUGCGACACAGCAGAUGCUUGUAUAGAGCCAUGGGGCCUUACAACGUGGCAGUGCCUUCAGACGUAUCCCAUGCCCGCUUUUAUUUCCUAUUUCAUCGUCCGUUAAGGCUGUUAAAUCUGCUUAUCCUUAUUGAGGGCAGUGUCGUCUUCUACCAGCUCUAUUCCUUACUGCGGUCGGAGAAGUGGAACCACACACUUUCCAUGGCUCUCAUCCUCUUCUGCAACUACUAUGUUUUAUUUAAGCUCCUCCGGGACAGAAUAGUGUUAGGCAGGGCAUACUCCUACCCACUCAACAGUUACGAACUCAAGGCAAACUAAGCUGCCUCUCAACAAUGGCGGAGAACUCAGAUAAAAAUAUUUUCAUACAUUCUAUUUUUUUCUUGCGAUUUUUAUAAAUAUUUAAGAUAUUUUAUAUUUUGUAUACUAUUAUGUUUUGAAAGGUGGGAAGGGUAAGGGAUAUUAAAUGUAUCCAUAAACAAGGUGAUGUGAUCUUUCAUGUGUUAGUAUAUUUGAAUAAUAUACAGAUGAGAGGUGUACCUUUCCAGUAAAGAGAUCGAUUUGUC